GGGCCCGGAGCCCCAGCGUGUGAGUUAGUGUUCGAUCCGCUACCCUCGUCCUCAUUACCAAAGGCUGACAGCGGCCCUCAGGCCUCCCACCCUCCCGGGAAGCGAAGCCGCAGCGGGGCGCCUCCCCGCUCAUGGCCACCGCGGGCGGGGAGCGAUGAACCUGGCGGCCGCCCCGCGCCCCCGGCCAUGAGCGGGCCCUCCCUGCAGCCCGCGGCCGACCCCAGCUCCGCGCCGGCCUCGGCCUCGGCCUCGGCCUCGCCCUCGGGCGCGGCGCGCGGCUGGGCCGCGUUCUGCGAGCUGCACGCGGCGGCGGCGGCGCGCGCGCUGGCCCGGCAGUACCGGCUGUGGGCGCUCGAGCACCCGCUGCAGGCGCCGCGCGCCGAGCUGGUGUCGCUGCACUUCGCCGACCUCUUCCAGCGCCACUUCCGCCGCGAGGUGCGCGGGGCCCCGCCGGGCCGCGACUACCGCGCCGCGCCGCGCGCGCCCGGCCUGCCCAAGGCGCGCAGCUCGGAGGAGCUGGCCGCGCCCGCGCCGCCCGCCGCCGGCUCCCUGCACCAGCUGCGCCGCGGCCUGCGCCAGCUUUUCCGCCGCCGCUCGGCCGGGGAGCUGCCCGCCGGCCCCGACCCGGCCCCCGACCCCGCCGACGCGGACGGCGGCCCCGCGCGGCCCGGCCCCGCGCGGAAGCGGCUGCCCUGGGGCCUGGGCCGCGAGCCGCCGCCUGAGGCCCUCAAGGAGGCGGCGCUGCGCUACAGCCUGGCGGACGAGGCGGCCAUGGACAGCGGCGCGCGCUGGCAGCGGGGGCGCCUGGCGCUGCGCCGCGCCGCCGAGCCCGGAGACCCCCGCGACCGCGUGCUCGAGCUCUUCGACCCGCCCAAGAGCUCCAAGCCCAAGCUGCAGGCGGCCUGCUCCAGCAUCCGUGAGGUCCGGCGCUGCACCCGGCUGGAGAUGCCCGACAACCUGCACACCUUCGUCCUGAAGGUGGAAGACCAGACAGACAUCAUCUUUGAGGUGGCAGAUGAGCAGCAGCUCAACUCCUGGAUGGCGGAGCUCCGGGACUGCCCAGGACUAGAUGGUGUGGACGUGGAGGCGGGCCCUCCCCCAGAGGAGCUUGGCCCCCCCAGCUGCCCGCAGGGGAGCAUGGACUCCCUGGACACAGGCGCGUUUCCUGGGACACUGCCCGAGCUGGCCUGCCAAAAGACCACCCGCUUUCUGUCCUGCUACCCCUGGUUCCACGGCGCCAUCUCCAGGGUGAGGGCGGCGCAGCUGGUGCAGGUGCAGGGCGCCGAUGCGCAUGGCGUGUUCCUGGUGCGCCAGAGCGAGUCCCGGCGCGGGGAGUACGUGCUCACCUUCAACUUCCAGGGCCGAGCCAAGCACCUGCGCCUGUCCCUGUCGGAGCGUGGCCAGUGCCGCGUGCAGCACCUGCGCUUCCCCUCGGUGCUCGCCAUGCUCCACCACUUCCAGCGCUCGCCCAUCCCGCUCGAGUGUGGGGCCACCUGCGACGUCCGGCUCUCCAGCUACGUGGUGGUCGUCUCCCAGCCGCCAGGCUCCUGCAGCACUGUCUUCUUCCCCCUCCCCCUCCCCCGCUGGGACUCGGAGCUGGGCCUUCCCCACCUCGGCCCGACGGACUGUCCGCGUGGGCUCAGUGCGGAGACCUUGUCCGGUCGCGUGUCUCCACCGGAGCAGAUCUUCCACCUUGUGCCUUCGCCCGAGGAGCUGGCACGCAGCCUGCGGCACCUGGAGCCAGUGGCUGGGGGUGGCGCCCGGGGCUCGGACUAUGAGAUGGACUCUGCCUCCCAGGGCCACCUGCGGGCGGUGGACAACCAGUACACACCGCUGUGAGCGGCCCAGUGUGACUGGGGGCCACCCUCUGCCAGCAGCCUGCCUCACGGUCUCAGUUUGUUUACAGAUGUUCUUGUCUGGCGACGCUGCGGCUAGCUCCUCUCCUGGUCCUAGGGACCAGUCCUGGAGCUUCACAGGUGGAGGGGUGAGGGCGGGACGCCAUGAGGCUCCUCCCCUGGCCACGGACCUCACAGCCCACCAUGGGCUUCCCACUGGGGAUGGGGUGGGGUCACCAGGAAGCCCAAAACACUAACAAGCCAGGAUCCUCCCAUGGCUUCCCCUGUGUAGCUGCAGGUCUAUGGCAGGCCCACCUGACACGGGAGAUUCCCUCCCCCCCCCCCUCCC